AUGCCCUCGGCCAAACAAAGGGGCUCCAAGGGCGGCCACGGCGCCGCGAGCCCCGCCGACAAGGGCGCCCACCCGUCGGGCGGCGCGGAUGACGUGGCGAGGAAGCCGCCGCCGCAGCAGCCGCCGCCGCCCGCGCCGCACCCGCAGCAGCACCCGCCGCCGCCGCCCGGCCCGGCGCACGGCAAGGGCCACCGCGGCGGCAAGUCCGCCUCGUCCGCCCCCGCCGCCGCCGCCGCCGCCGCCGCGUCCUCCGCGUCCUGCUCGCGCAGGCUCGGCCGGGCGCUCAACUGGCUCUUCUACCUCGUCCUGGUGGCCGCGGCCGCCUUCUCGGGCUGGUGCGUCCACCACGUCCUGGAGGAGGUGCAGGAGGUGCGGAGCAGCCACCGGGACCUGUGCCGCCAGCGGGACGAGCUCGGGCAGGGCUUGCAGGGCGUCGAGCAGAAGGUGCAGUCUCUGCAAGCCACCCUGGGGACUUUCGAGUCCUUCCUGAGAACCUUCCAGCAUAAGCAAGAGCUCGCGGAGAAAGUCAUGAAGCAAGGGGAGAGCGAGAUCAACCGGAUCAGCGAGGUUCUGCAGAAGCUCCAGAACGAGAUCCUCAAGGACCUCUCGGACGGCAUCCACGUGGUGAAGGAUGCCCGGGAGCGGGACUUCACGUCCCUCGAGAACACGGUGGAGGAGAGGCUGACGGAGCUCACCAAGUCCAUCAACGACAACAUCGCCAUCUUCACCGAGGUCCAGAAGAGGAGCCAGAAGGAGAUCAACGACGUGAAGGCGAAGGUGGCCUCUCUGGAGCACUCGGAGGGGGACGAGCGGGAGCUGAAGGCCCUGAAGGAGGCCGUGAAGGACAUCCAGACCUCCCUGAAGUCCAAAGAGAGGGACCUGGAGGCCCUGAGAAGCACCCUGCAGACCAUGGAGUCGGACGUCUACACCGAGGUCAAAGAGCUGGUGAGCCUCAAGCAGGAGCAGCAGAAGUUCAAGGAGGCGGCCGACUCGGAGCACCUGACGCUGCAGGCCCUCACGGAGAAGGUCCUCCAGGCGGAGGAGGCCACCUCCCGCCUCCCCGUGGAGGUCCGGAGGCUCGCGGAGGAGCUGGGCCAGCUGAAGGCCCGGUCCCUGGAGCCGGAGGAAGACGGGCAUUUCAAACCCUCGGACGCCCUCGACGCGCUCCAGAGGAAGAGCCAGGGCUUGGACGCCCGGCUGCAGACGGUGGAGGACGGAGUCCAGGCCGUGCAGGCGGCCUCGGCGAGGCAGAGCGAGAGCCUGGAGUCCCUGCUGGCCAGGAGCGAGGCGUGCGAGCAGCGCCUGGCCGCCCUGCAGCAGCGCCUGGACGGCAGGGACUCCGCGGAGGAGGCGGACAGGGGCGGCCUGGCCAGCACCAUGCGGAGCCUCGGGGAGGCCCAGCUCUCGCUCCACAGCGACGUGGAGGAGCUGAAGAGGAGCCUGGGCGAGCUCCCCAGCACCGUGGACGCGCUCCACAAGGUCCAGGAGCAGGUGCACACGCUGCUGGGCCAGGACCAGGCCCCCGCGGGCCACCUGCCGCCAGAGGACCUCCUGGACAGACUGUCCUCCCUGGAGCACCUCAAGUCCUCCGUCAGCCAAGUGGAGCAGGACUUGAAGAUGCUCAGGACUGCCGUGGACAGCUUGGUGGCCUACUCGGUGAAAAUCGAGACCAACGAGAACAACCUGGAAUCAGCCAAGGGUCUGCUGGACGACCUGAGGCACGACCUGGACAGGUUGUUUGUGCAAGUCGAAAAGAUUCACGAAAAGGUCUAA